CUUGCCUCAGGCACAGGGACUUUUGGCAGGGUGUUCCUGGUGAAAGACAAGAAGAGCAGGGCGUUCUACGCUCUGAAGGCUAUGAAGAUCCCUGACGUGAUCCGGCUGAAGCAGGAGCAGCACGUUCACAAUGAGAAGGAAGUCCUGACCGAAGUCAACCACCCCUUCCUCAUCAGACUGUUCUGGACCCACCAUGACGAUCGUUUACUCUACAUGCUGAUGGACUACGUUCCAGGCGGGGAGCUGUUCAGUUACCUCCGUAGCCGCGGGCGCUUCAGCAACACCACGGGCCUCUUCUACUCCACAGAGAUCGUGUGUGCCAUCGAGUACCUCCACUCCAAAGAGAUCGUCUACCGAGACCUGAAGCCGGAGAAUAUACUGCUGGACAGCGAGGGACACAUCCGCCUCACAGACUUCGGCUUCGCUAAGAAGCUCUCGGACAG